AUGGCAAAGACGACAACUUUUCCAGAUUUGCUGCCUCGCGAAGCCUUGUGCGCGAAACUCGCGCAGCCGGUGCUGGAGGCGGUGCAGGUGCAGCGAAGGAAGCCGGGAGGGCCUCUGCCAGGGAAAGGGCCGCCGGCGCAGAGCGCCGCCGUCCCCUUGCCCGCUGUGCCGCUGAAACCCAGCGCUGAGGUUUCUGUUGAGGAGCGAAAGCCGCGUGUUCCUCGAGUUGCCGCUCGCCGCGGGAUAUCGACGGCUCCUGCGGAGUCUGCUUGGUCGGUGUCUUGCUCGGGCUCGCUCUCCACCUCCACGACUUCUCGCUUCUUCAAGCGUCCUAUCUCUCCAUCUACCGUCCGUGAGGCCGCCUAUACCAAGGAGACCAUUGGCACUGGCAUCUAUCGCACGGGAAUCGAGGAGGAGCUGGCGGAGAGAGACUCCGACAUAGCAGCUUUUGCCCAUCAUCGGUUUGACUGCGUCCGGCAGGCCGGAAGCCGCGAGCGGGAGCUCGCCGCGCGCUGGCGCCGAAGGCGUCAGGCGAAGGAGCCCCUUUUCAAGGACGAGGUCAUAUUCGAUUUUCGUGCGAUGGACUAUUACCUCGCGUCGGUCUGUGGGAUGGAAGACCCAAGUACCAUCCUGCAGCGUAAUCUCGAUUAUUGCGAGCAGCUGCCGUCGAACUGUUUGGACUGCCUUCCGCCGGGCAUUGACUCGCAGGAGGAUUUGCAGUGCUUCCUCGCCGAUCUGAGCCUUGCGCAGGCAUAUUAUUUCCGCACUGGACAACCCGACAGGAUGCCCGAAUGGCGCACCGAAUGGCUCUCGACUGUCUUUGUACCCGAACACUCGCCGUACGACACGCAGCAGAAAUGGGCGGACAGGCUUUGGUCUUGGCUUGCUGCAACCGAUGGACUGCUGUACAAGCGGCCCCCUGCCUUCGCGACACGGAAGGACGACGGCUGGCAGAUACUCGUCGAACACAUGCAGGGCGAUAAAAUGCUCUGCUUCAAGCAGAUACUCGGGGCGGCCCAGCGCAGGACAGACAGCGCCCUCUCCGCCGGACUCCAUUCCCCGCUGUUCGGUUCCCGACACCCGCAAUCGUGGAUGGUCGAGAUGCUGAACCGCGACUGGGAGGCCUACCCGGUGGCCGUCCCCGUUCCCUGGCAGGGCCACAUGUACUACGCAGUGUCGUCGCACAACGCGUCGGACUUGUACUUCUGCAUCACGAAGGGCCCCGACGGUGACACGAUCGACUUUCAGUGCAUCGGACUGUUUCUCAAGAAACUCGAACUUGGACCGGGCUCGUGGAACUAG